UUUGACAUAAAAAAAAUAAACAAGCAGGCAAUUAGGUUUUUCUUGCAAAUCCUAUUGGAGCUGGUUUUAAAAAUUUACCUGGUGGUGUAUUUAUUGUUUUUGAAUGAGAUAAUUAAUUAGUAAACGUGAGGUGGACAAAGUUGUGUUUUUAUUGAGUGUGGAACGGUCAGGGGCUGCGACGGCUGCGAGCCGGCGGCAGCAUGUGGGAUGGAGGGGCAUUCUUGGGUGCCUUGACGCCAAAGUUCUACGUGGCUUUGACGGGGACCUCGUCUCUGAUAUCUGGCUUGAUCCUCAUAUUCGAGUGGUGGUAUUUUCGGAAAUAUGGAACGUCGUUCAUUGAGCAAGUUUCGUUGGCGCACUUCGGCUCUUGGCUUGGUGGGGCAGAGCCCGAGCAGCACUCGCCGCAUCACACGCACACUCCUCAUCCACCACAUCCACCUAACGACUGCAAGGUAUGGCGUAAUCCACUGGCAUUAUUAAGAGGUGCAGAGUAUGGCCGACUUUGGAGCACAGUGCGGCGUCCACCUCUCACUUAUUACGACAUGAAUCUAUCUGCACAAGAGCAUCAGGCGUGGUUCAGCAUCGGCACGUGCACGGGCGACCCGGCCGAGGAGGCGAUGGCGCGCGCGUGGCGCGAGCGCGAGCCCGCGGCGCGCGUGGCGGCGGCGCGCGCCGCGCUGGCGCAUCGGCCCGACUGCGCGCCCGCGCUGCUGCUGCUGGCCGAGGAGGACGCGCCCACCGUGCACGAGGCGGAGCGCAUCCUGCGCUGGGCGUGGCGCGCGGCGGAGGCGGCGUGGCGCGCGGCCGCGGCGCCGGGCGGCGGCGGCGGGGCGGCGGCCCGGCGCGCAGCCGCCGUCUUGGCGCACGUGAAGCGGCGCGCGGGCAUGUGCGCCCGGCGGCUGGGCCGGCUGCGGGACGCGGCGCGGCUGUUCCGCGAGCUGGUGCGGGACGCGCCGCCCGCGCUGCACGCGCUGGCGCUGCACGAGAACCUCAUCGAGGUGCUGCUGGAGCAGCGCGCUUACGCGGACGUGCAGGCGGUGCUGGCCCGCUACGACGACAUGGGCCUGCCGCCGUCGGCCUGCGUGCUGUACACGGCGGCGCUGCUGCGCGCCCGCGCCGUGGCCUCCGCGCCCAACGCCAGGCACGCAGAGCUGCAUGCGCUCGCGGCGAUACGUCGCGCGAUAGAGUUCAACCCGUACGUGCCACUAUACCUCCUGGAGUUACGCGCCAUGACGCUACCUCCGGAGCACAUCGUCCGCCGCGGCGCGAGCGAGGCUCUAGCCUACGCGUUUUGGCAUUUAAGACACUGGUACCACGCCGAGCCCGCGCUCAAACUACUGGCCGCGGCGUGGAGGCCUACGCAGGGACAUCAGCAUACCACGCGGCAGGACACUGAGCUGCUGGCCACGUGCGCGGCGCCGCCGCGGCCGCGCGCGCCGCCCGCCGCGCUGCCGUGCGCGCUGCUGUGCGCGCUGCUGGCGCUGUGCGCGCUACUGGCGCAUCGCUGGCCCUCGCACGCGCCGCUCGACCCGCGCUCGCUGCUUAGACUCUUGGCUGACGUUUAAUUCUCUGCUCUAACUCGCGAAUAUAAAUAUAUCUCAUUGAUAACACAAAUAUCAAAUAUUGUAAUCUAUUUUUUAUACUUGUCUUGUCGUCAUCUCAGCGCACCCUAUUUAUCCGGCCAAGUAGUGAAAGUCAUUCCAGGCAAAUCUAUAAAAAAUUGCCACGUCAAAAAACAAAUAUGACGGCCCUUAUGUCAGUAUCAUUCUAUAAAUUACACAGGGUUGGCAGUAUUAGAAUGAACUUUUGAAUGUUUCUUUGUAUUCAUUAAAUGAAGUGAAGAUUUAAAAUACGAAUAAUCAAGUAUAAAAAUUAGACUAUAACUUAGUCGUUUUAAAAACAGACUGCCUACAACAGGCCUUGGAUCUUUAACUGACUCCGAUAGUGUAGUUAUCCUUAGAGGAAAGAUAAACUGUUUUUCUUUUAUUCUGUUUAACAAGUACUUGAACGCAUUUUUCACCUCUCCAGCUCGAAAAGGGUGCUGGCGUAAAAACGGUGCGGAAAAGUGCACCAGUCCUAUCAGAGAAACAAACUAGUUUUUAAUUUUAUAUUCGGAUAUUUCCGUAAGAAAAGGUAAGGGAACAACAUUUUGAUCGAUCUGCAGUGUGAAAUCACAAUAUGAUUUUGUAUGACAUUUAUUGAAAUUGUUCUAUUACUUUAAAAAAGUAACAUUUAAAAUAAAUACUAGUAAAUAUUAAUUUGUCAUUUAUAAGAAAACAAUAUUUAACGUCUUUGAUAAACAUAAAAUUAAAAAUGUCGCUCUUAAAAUACCUAAAAAAAUAAACGUAUUAUACAAAAUGGCGCGAAUCAAAUGUCAAAUUUGUAGUUAUCUGUACAGGUUUGAAACGCUGCAUUCAGUUAACUCCAUAAAUAAAUAACCUAUAAAACUUUUCUCGCUGGCAGAGGUGAAAAGUUGUAUGUAUUACUAGAGUAGAAAUUUGUUUUAUAUCUAUAUCGUGCUUUUAUCAUUGCGCCUCCAUAGUCUAUGUUAGAAUCAGACUACUUCGCUAAUUCGAAAUUUAAACUCGGCACUCGCGUUAAACAUACCUUUCCACUCCCAAAUAACCAUUGUUGGAAUAGCAUUCCCUUCUCAUUUAUCGAAUGAUGAAUUUAUAAUUGUGUUGUGACAUAUAAUUUAUUUUACGCUAACGGAAGAUUCGAAAGCAAGCCAUGGCAUUUAUUUUUAUUGACGAUACCUGAUUGACUAAGAAGUAAUGAAAUGAUCUGUAAUAAGUAUUUAUUUAUUUUAGUCGUAAGUUAAUCUUUUAAGUUGUCUCAAUAAAUGUGUUAAAAUAU